UGCGUAGAGCUGUAUGUUGACUUCUUCAUAGUGAAACAUUUGACAACAUACUGUGUUCAAUUACAUUGCUAAGUUAUUGUCUUAUAACUCUGAACGAUUUGAAACAUCAAAAGUUAAGUUCGGUGUUGUAUGUUCAAUAAAAGUUUGAAUAUCUCGACAUGAAAUCAAAUACAGAAAAAGUCCUUCCAAGAGUUGCAUACGCGUCUUCCAUAACAAUCUCACAAAUCCUUGGUGUAUGUGUUAUCGUUAUGACUGCAGUAUGGUUUUCAAAAUAUCAUGGUGGUUUUGCUUGGAAUGAUUCAACAAAACUGUUCGGUUACCAUCCACUAUUUAUGAUCAUUGGUCUGGUGUUUUUAAACGCUGAGGGAAUGAUUUCCUAUCGAGUGUUCCGCAAUGAAUCCCUGAUGUUUGUGAAAAUUAUUUACAAAUGUCUACAAGUAGCAGCUUUUAUCUUUGGAAUCAUGGGAUUGUCGGCAGUCCUCAAGUACUCUGAUCAACAAAAGUUAAAAUCUUUUCAUACAUUGCAUUCAUGGAUAGGAAUAGUUCUUGUGACACUCUUUGGUUUUCAGGUGCUGUCUGGUAUUAUUGUACAUUUACUACCCGGGAUUUCGGAAUCAUCAAAGCAAGCGUUUAAUCAUUUUCACAAGUUUACUGGAUUGUCAAUCUUUGUCGCUUCCACAUUUCAAUGCUGCAUUGGAAUCACAGAAAAAAGCGCCUUUAGCAUAAAACAAGAGCUGGGAGAAGAGAGAAUGCUGGCGAAUUUCUUGGGGGUAGUUUUGAUUUUAUUUUGUUUAAGUAUUUUGGCUAUUUUGAUUCCCGAAAAAUUCAGACGACUGACCGACAAGGAGCGUGCUAUUAUCAUGUUGGAAAGAUACGAAUCAGAUUAACAAAACUUUUAAUUCUUUCAAUUUGUUAAAAAAGAAGUGUGCUUUUUAAAAUCAUAGCAAAUGAUGAUGAAUUGUUUGAAUUGACAUUUUAAAUCGCAUGUUCAAUACAAUUACAUGUCAUUUUAGAAAAACAACAUUAAAUUAUACCCAAACCCAA